AAGUGCAAGGAGGAGGCAGGGAAACGCUGCUGGAGCGGGGAAUGAUGGCGGUGAGCAAGAAGAAGGGACAAGUUUGAUACUGCAAAACCGGGACGUUGUGGGCCAUCUAUCGGCGCCUAACACGAUGAAGCAAGUAAGAGAUGACUUCGCUGUGAGUGUUUAGUUAAGACAACUGUACUCCAAAGAAGCACCGCCGGACCCAUGGCACCGCUCGCGUAAAGUUAAAGGAUAAUAGUUCACCCAUCAAACAGCAUCAGUGUCUCCAAAUCCGGAUUUUCCAAUUGGGCUGUAAUCGCAAACAAACAAAAAUGAUCAAAGCCGAGAGCAAAGGAGGUGAGAGGACCCUGAGGAGCGCAUCCCCUCACAGAAAUGCAUACAAGUCUGAUUUCCACGCCAUUAAGUGCUCCUUUGACGGGCCAAAGUCCGAGGGUGACACCAGAUCAUAUGCAAAUGGAUCCAGUGACACCCGGGAGGACACAAGGGGGAGGCCUUUUGGGAACAGAGUGAACAAGAUUAAGAACAUAUUCCUACAGAUGGAUGGUCAGCAGCAAGAGUGCCAAGAGGGGAAAGUGACUGUAAAGCCCGAUGUGUCCCAGGUGUCCCCGCCCAAGGUGCAAUUUCCAGGCAACAGUCACAGAGGUAACCUCAACAAUGCCACAAGCCCAGAAUCACACAAUUUAGAUAAAACGCCCAAGGGGGAAGAUGUUGAGAUUGACAAAGUGGCUUUGGCGGAGAAGUUUUCUGUGACCAGAAAACUCUUUGAAAGGGGCAUCAAAGAGCAGCCUGCAGCUGAAAAACAGUCUCCAAACAGAGUAGUAAAUCGUUUGUCCUUUGGAAGUGCCUCUGAGGAAGGGAAAAGCACAAGGAGAGUAUCGGGAUCCUCAGAGACUGCUAUCAAAUCAGAGAAAACUCCUACAUCAACAGUAAAAUGUCAACCGGAUGAGAAGGCUGAUAGUGAGAAAAAACAUGUGUCUAGAGUGCCAUUGAAUGCAGGACCCAUGUCCAAAAGGUUAGGGAAUUACAUGGCACAGAGUGACUCAGAAGACAACAACACAGCUGCUACAAAGGGAGGCAUGGCGUCUGCUAAACAACACAGUACCACUGAACACAUUCUGCCUUCCUCUCCAACAAGGGACAGCUUACACAAAUCUACUUCUCCUGUUAAAGAAGCCACUAACUCCACCCCUGUGUCUGAUGCCACUAACAAAAACACAUCCCAGACGGCGUCUGUCAGUAACAAACCAACGUCUCCUGGGUCAAGUGUUAAAACAACAUUCCCGGUCACGAAUGCAGCAUACAAAUCUAACUCCUCAACAACUGAUGCCACUCACAGACCCCUCUCACCAGAGCAAACAAUCCCAGUUAGCCAUGGCUACAAACACUCUUCAUCAUCCAGUGAUGGAUUUAGUAGGACAUCUGUUGGUGGGGAUGAAGGCAAGCCACAUAGUCCGCCCCCAAGGGAUGUGAAGCAGCCUCUACCAUCAGCUGGUGGGUUUCAGAAUACCAACAGGGCCAAAUACCCCGAAAAAAACAGGAGUAAUGACAGUGUGGUAAAUAGUUCUAACCGGGACAAGCCGUCCAGCCAGACCUCAUCACUGGACUCCAGGGGGGUGGGCAUGGUACGGGCAGAACUGGUUGUGGUUCAGAAUGAAUCCUCAGAGAGUGACGAGAAUGAGGAUGAGAAUGUUGAAGAUAAUGUGUUUAAGGACGAGGACGUGCAAAGCCCCAAAGACGACCUACCAACAGAUGUGAAAAGAACCUGUACACAGGAAAAAAAGAACUGUACACCUGCUCAUCAUGUCUUAAUGAGAGAUGUCUCAAAAGAGACACAGAGGAUAGCAGAGCCUGUGGGUGAAGGUAGAAUCUUGGAGGACAACGAGCGAUUUGGGUUGAAGAAGGAGAGACAGGAAGAUAGUUCAGUUGUGAAUCAAGAUGGUGACAAUAAUUGUGAGGAAGAUGAUGAGGUAGCAGAGGAGGAGAGUGAGGUGGAGGAGCAGGUGGGCCAGAGCAUCCUGGAUCGAGCCUCACCAGUCGUGUACGGCAUUGAGAAUGCAGCAUUUGUGGAUGACAGAGAUGUAGACCAGGUCCUCAGGGAAGAAGAAGAGGAGGAGGAGGAGGAAGAGGAGGGAGAUCAAAUGUAUAGGGAUUAUUAUGACUGCUACGAGACUGCUGGUUUGUCGGAUGAGGAAGAGCCUCCACCAAAGAGGAAAAUCAAGUUCUCUACAGACCCCAUUCAGGUUUUCACUACCUUCUCCAACGAGGAGUAUGAUCGGCGCAAUGAUGAUGUGGAUCCAGUCGCAGCGUCUGCAGAGUAUGAGCUGGAGAAGAGAGUGGAGAAAAUGGACGUGUUCCCUGUGGAGAUCGAGAAAGGAGACAAUGGACUUGGCAUCAGUAUCAUAGGAAUGGGAGUGGGAGCUGACCAGGGUCUGGAGAAGCUGGGCAUAUUUGUGAAAACCAUAACAGAGCGAGGAGCAGCUGAGAACGAUGGACGCAUACAGGUGAAUGACCAGAUAGUGGAGGUGGAUGGCAUCAGUCUGGUGGGUGUCACACAACUGUUUGCUGCGACAGUCCUGAAGAACACCAAAGGCACAGUGAGGUUCCUGAUUGGUCGGGAGAAGCCAGGGACACAAAGCGAGGUAGCCCGCCUCAUAAGUGAGACACUUGAGCAGGAGAAGAACCAGCAGCAACAGCAACAACACCUGGAUGACCCCUAUGAGCACUCUACAGAGGAGGAGGAGCGCUAUGAGGAGGAGGACGGAGUGGACGAGAGGAUCCUGUGCUCCAAUUUCUCCCCAGGACAGAACGCAGAGCUGUUUGAGCUGCCUGAUUCAGAGGCUUUGUUCAUGCCGACCAACAUGGACAGCUCUCAGAUGGUCUUCAAGUUCAAAGAGCUGCAGCUCAAACACAGCAUUGCCACAGCUGAAAUUAAUCAACUGAAGGAAAAGCUAAGGGCAUCUGAAGAGGACAGAUCGUUGUGGGAAGCCAGAGAGUCUGCACUGGAGCAAAAGAUAGACGAUAGCAACGACAAAAUCCUGAAGUUGGAGAGUUACUGGCUGGAAGCCCAGGAGCUGUGCAAGACUGUGAAUGAACAAUUAGCUGAGACUCAGGCCCAACAUGAGACCCUGGACAAGAAAUACAACAAAGCCAAGAAGCUGCUCAAGGACUACCAGCAGAAAGAGAUAGACUUUGUGAAGAAAGAGGAGGAGCUGAAAAAACUUCUAGAUGAAAAAGACAAGUGGUACAAGGAGCAGCUGGAGAGCUUGCAGAGCAGGAUAUCUGUCCUGGAGUCCAGAGGUGCCUCAGGUGUGGAGUGUCAGAGCGGUCAGGACUCAGCAGCAGACGAGAAAUUAAUCAGCCAAGACCCAGUCACCAACACGCAAUCUGUUGACUCACUACUAGAGGAGGACUGGAGUGAGCUGGUCCCUGAGACUGAGCGCUUGGACACCAGCGCACACAGGGCAAAAGGCCUGCUGGCUCAGAAGGCCAAACGUCAGCCUCCAUCUCGGAGCAAACUGAAGGAGAGCCUUGCAGUGGCCUCAUGUCACUCUCAGGAAACUGAAGAAGAGGAGGAUCAGGAGGAGCAGGAAUCUCCCAGGAGGAGGAGGUCUAUCCAGGAGAGCCUCGCCCUUCCAGUGCCUGUCUGCUACCCUGGGAAUGCACAGAAGGAUGAUUCAGGAGAGGCUAAAGAUGGAUCCAGGAGUAAGGUCGAGCUCUCCAGCAGCCCAUCUUUGUCGCCGUCGCAGGGAGACAGUAUUGAAAGCAGCGGAAGUCCGUCUUUGUCCCCUCCAAAAGACGCCUCGUCACCACAUUCCCCCUCUGGGUUGAUGCGCAAUGUCAAGAAGAGGGAGCCAAAAGUAAAGAGCAAAGAGCUCAAAGAGGAGCUAAAUGAGGCCUCAUCAGGAGGAAAAACUAAAAGACGAUUUCCUGACUUUGGAGGCCUCAGGAAGUCAGGUGGCAAAGGGAAAAAACAUGACAAGGAGGCGAUGAGAGCGUCUUUGGACAGCAGGGGAUCGGCAGAGUUACUGGAGGAGUCUGGAGGGAACCUGUCUCCUGCAGAUUCGAUGACCUCCAUCCCCACCUGUAUGCCCUUCUCCUGGUUUGGAGACAAAGACAAGGACAGAGACAGAGAGCCGUCAUCGUCCAGCAGCAGUCUGCCGUACGCUGCGACUGAAACCAGCAGUGAGCAAAGCCAAGAUCGCAAAAAUAAGACAAAUCUCUCCUGGUCCUCUUUAUUCAGUCGCUCAUUAGAUUUGAGUUUUUCAGUCGUAGAUGAUUCUAACCCUGCCAGCCCCAGUUCAGACAUCUCUGGGUUAGUCGCUGAACCCAAUCUGUCUGGGCGCUCACACACUUUAAUCUUCUCUUCCAGCGAGACUUUGGAUGAUGAGCCAAUAGCUCCAGGGAAAGAGUAUCAGUGGCAGAACCGGCCUGUUUCUGAGUGGACCAAUCAACAGGUCUGUCACUGGUUGAUGGGCAUGAAUAUGGACCAAUACACACCUGAAUUCACGGCGAAGGGAGUGGACGGACAGCAGCUCUUGUACUUGGACAGUGACAAGUUGAAGGCACUCGGUGUGUCGAGUCAGAGCGACCGUUCAACCAUCAAGAAGAAACUGAAGGACAUGCGUAAGGCCCAGGAGAAGCUGGAAAAACAGAGGGAGAAAAAAGAGAAGGAGGUUCGACGCAGUGGGAAACUGCCGGCCAGUACUGACUCUGUCUGCUGAGGUAGCAGCUCUGUUCUCUGAAUCCAUGCAGCUCAUAAAGUUCAUCACUAGCAGAACCCUGAGUAGCUCCUUUUUUAUAUAUAUAUAUUUUUGGUGCCAUGAUGUUCAUGUCACACGGUGUGAACGCCAACAACCACAGACUGACUGUCAGGAGUGUAACCUGUGCCGACUGAGGUGCCAGUAAUGAUUUAUGUUCAUGCUGCAGCUCCCGAUUGAUGUUUUAACAAACGUCAGCACAAAUGAUUUUAACUGAAACAUGGGCAAUGUCAAAAAACAAAGUUGGGUAUGUGACCAAAAAGGAAUCCUAACAUUUGUACCACUAAAAGCUAGAAGCUAUGAUUAUGAAAAAAAGGGUCUGUUGUCAGAUUAAAUGUAGCUGUUGCAGAUCAUGCACACAUUUACCUAUGGAAGUCAGAUAUAUAUACAGCUUUUUCAGCAUUUUAUAUUUUUGCUAGUAUAACUUGCCUGUUGCCACGUACAACUCUUCUGCAGGAACAGUUAUUGUACAGUUCAGAUAAAAGCACUAUAUUUGUCUUUUAAGCUUCAAUGGGCGACAAGGUUUUAAAUGUAUAAAUGAGUUUUAUACAUGUGCUUAUUAACUGCAUAUCUUUUUUUUUUUUUUUUUUUUUUUUUAACCUAAAUAUCAUUGUUCAUUUUAUACUAUCUAAAUUUUUCUACUAAGUAGAAUAGCUAGGCUGUCGUAUUUUGCUGAAUGAAAAGCAACAAACAAAUCAAAUAGGGACGAGGUGAAUGCUGCUUCUGCUGUCUCUGACUCUGGCUGUGUGUGGCUGAGAUGGUACCACGAUGCUCCAUGUAAAUACACACAGCACACAGGUCUGCUACACGCACACCUCACCGGUCCGUUAGACGGUAAGAUGUGCCUAUGACAAGGACUUGAGUGAGUCGGGAGCACGGCGUCAUGUAUGAAUGUGAGGCUGAACGUCGAGUCGUUCGCAGCCAAACCCAAGUGCUUCCUUUCUUCUUCUCGCGCAUGACUCCAUGUUCUAUAUACAAUAUGACAUGUUGGACUGCAAGAUAAUCAUGUUUUCAACAUUUCUUGGUACAUGCAGCAUCAAUAAACCAAUUUUCACUUUA